AAAAGCGUUAAAGAACGAUAUGUCGAGCCCUUUUUCGAUGACAACAUGGAAGGCCACGCUAUGCUACAGGAUCUCCUUCGAACAAAGUCCAAAGUUCGCAGAUGGAGAAGGCUGUCAGAGACAGAGACAUCAUCGACAUCAUUAUAGCCCAACGCAGCGAGAAAAUAGUCGUCAAACUUCAAAACGGAAUGAAAAUAACUCUACCUCUAGCACCGUUCAACGAAGAUGUUCCUCUCUACCGUGGAAGCGGCUGGACUAAGGAAUUCAUUGAACUGGAACAUCACCAUGGUAAAGAAACCAUGUCUAUCGCUAAAAUGUUCGAAGCUAAAGAAUCCGGUGUUGAGGAUUGGGAGCUCGAGAUGAUGAGACUGGCGAACAAAAGGAAGAAGAAGCACAAAGGCGAAGAAAACAAGGACUGGAGAGAGAUGCUUUCGGGUUGUCUCGAGAACAUGGACUGGGACAAGUUCGAAGAAGAAACGAAACAGAUCGUGGAGGAAAAAGAAGAGGUGGUGGAGGAGGAAAACAUCCCAAUGGAGGUGAACGACAUGGAAAAGACCAUAAAUGUGGCAGAAAAGCUCAAAGAGGGCGGUCCAGAGGUAUUGUGUCAACUCCCUGUAAUGAAGGAAAUUCCGGAAGUCAUUAAAAAUCUGGAUCAGGGGCACCUAUCUGAAUUACAAAACGUAUCCGGAGUCAAACUGACACUGCCAAGCAGCGGCAAAGAAUGUUUCGUAACCGGACAGAUGGUAACAACGGAUGAACAGGAGGUUUUCGUUCCAGGCCAAACUAUCAUCAAUGAGAACGGCACAACAGAUUACACGCCAGGUAUCACCAUAUUAGAUGAUGACGAGCCGACGCUUAUUCCUGGUUUGGUAAUGGGGGAGGAGGAAACCCCUCCCAUGUUUCUACCAGGUGAUUCGACUAUAACCGAGCAAGGUCAAUUGAAAUUUGAAGCGACCGAGGAAGACCGACCUAGACGAAGACAGCGUACCCCCUCUGUUAGUCCCCCUCCACCACCCAGACCGAAACCGAAGCCAAAAGUUGAAGAGGAGAUCAUCAUUCGUCGUCGAGUCUUUGACGAACCAACAGAGCCCGAGAAAAAAGAAAGAGUUAAGAAGAGACCUCCGAUCAUCGAGUUGAAGAAAGACAUUUCUCCCCCUAGAGAAUUUUUCAGACCGCAAAGACAACCUAUGGAGGAUCCAAUGAAGUUACUCGAAGAGCAGAGACGAAAGCGGGAAGAGGCAGAAAAGAAGCGCAUGAAAGAAAAAAUAGAAGAAAAGAUACUCAGGGAAGAAUCCAAAGUGGAUAAAUUGAGAAUGGAAAUGAGGAAGAAGUUCAGAAAUAUGAAGUUCGAGAAGCCCAAGGAAUUCGUCCCCCUCGAGCCUGUCAAGAAGAGCCCGAAACUGGAAGAGUUGGAGAGCAGUAUAAAAAAAGGUACGUUCUUUGACGACGAUAAGACGAAGGAUAUUUUGGAAAAAGCUAAAAACGCCACCAGACUGUUGAAGUAUCAGCACGUUCUGAACGCAUACGGAAACGAUUUUGGAAGACGAUUCUAGCCGAGGAAGCAGCGUCCGUUGCCAAGCGUCGCCGCCGCGACGCAGCUUCAGUCACAUCGAAGACGCGGGCAUGUCAACAUCUUGCGCCGAACGAGCCGAUUCGAAUACGAAAUAUUAUUUUUGAUUUUCUUUUGUUUAAAACUUUGCUUGUUUUUUACUCCAUUGUGUAGUGCCGAUCAUUUCAAUAUUUUAAAAUCAUUCUUGUCGAAAAUAAAUCAUUGUAUCCGUCCAUCACACUUAAAAUAAAACAAAUUAAAACUG